AUGCCACUAGAACCCUCAAAGGACCCCUUGGUCUGGAUCGACUGUGAGGGCUCCACAGCUCACCAAACACAGAUGACAGGUCUAGACCCAGAGAAAGACGUGAUCCUCCAGAUUUGUUGCUUUAUAACCGAUGCUCAGUUGCAAUUACUAGAGCCCGACGGCUUUGAAACUGUCAUUCAUCAUUCAGACUCAACCCUGGACAACAUGUCGCAAUGGUGUAUUGACGUCCACGGCCGCACGGGCCUCACCGCCGCUGUUCGUGCUUCGAGCACAACUCCAUCUGCCGCUGCCGACUCGCUCCUUGCCUACAUCAAACGCCACAUCCCCACUCCACGUUCUGGUCUGUUGGCUGGCAACAGUGUUCACGCUGACAAGGCCUUCCUCGUGUGUGAGCCCUAUGCUCAGAUCAUGGAGCAUCUGCACUACCGCAUUCUAGACGUGAGUACUUUCAAGGAGGCGGCGCGUCGCUGGGGAAGCGAUGAGUUACUUGCGCAGGUUCCUCCUAAACGAUUGGUUCAUCUGGCCCGAGAUGAUAUUCUUGAAAGUAUCGAGGAGAUGCGAUUCUACAAGGAAAAGCUAUUUGGUUGA